AUUUCUCAUGCAAGAGCUUGAAACACUCUCUAAUACCCAUUUUUGUCACCACCCACGAUGCCUCGUUACAACCAUCCCCCACAUUCUUUCUUUAUAUAUACAGAUAUAUUCAUUCAAUCAUUCACCAUCAAUACCCAAUUUCACAACUUCACUAAUGAAGUCACACUUGUGAUACAUGAAGCAAAGUUGUUGGUAUCAACUGUUUUGAAUCUCUGUUUCUUUCAGUGCUUUUAUGGGUUUUUAGUGGGCGAUCGACGAAGUUCUGUGCUGAAACAAAUAAAGGGUAUUACAAAAAAGGGGUCUUUUUUUGAGUGUUGUUGUAGCCGGUAACAAUGGCCGCAGCAUUGGCGGGAGAUGACUUGGCGAGGUCGUUGAGCAGGCGGGGGAGCUUUUCCUCCGGUAGCCGGAAAGGCUGGGCGUCUGCCAGCAUCCGGGAGGUGUUUGCCGCCCCCGGUGGAGAUGUGUUCCAGAAGAGUGGGAGGGAAGAUGAUGAGGAGCAGCUUGUGUGGGCUGCGAUUGAGCGCCUCCCAACAUAUGAUAGGGUCAAAAGAGGAAUUCUCAACAGAGUUUCGGACACCGGAAGGGUUUUUCAUGAGGAGGUUGAUGUUGCCAAUCUUGGAAUGAAAGACAAGAAACAUCUCAUUGAAAGCAUACUCAAAGUUGUGGAAGAUGAUAAUGAGAGGUUUCUUCUUAGGCUCAGAGACAGGACUGAUAGGGUUGGGAUUGAUAUUCCUACAAUCGAAGUCCGGUAUGAGCAUUUGUCAGUGGAAGGAGAUGCACAUGUUGGAAGCAGGGCUCUUCCAACUCUCUGGAAUUAUACCUUGAAUACACUAGAGGGGCUUCUUGGGCUUGUGAGGCUUUCCCCAUCAAAGAAAAGGGUUGUCAACAUACUCCGCGACGUGAGUGGAAUUGUGAAACCAUCAAGAAUGACACUACUUCUGGGGCCUCCAGGCUCUGGGAAGACCACAUUGUUACAAGCACUUGCCGGAAAGUUGGACAAAAAUUUAAGAGUAGCGGGAGAGAUAACUUACUGUGGUCAUGAAAUGAAUGAGUUUAUACCUCAGAGAACUUGUGCUUACAUUAGCCAGCAUGAUCUUCACCAAGGUGAGAUGACUGUCAGAGAGACAUUGGAUUUCUCCGGACGUUGCUUGGGAGUUGGAACCAGAUAUGAACUAAUGGCAGAACUGUCUAGAAGAGAAAAAGACUCUGGAAUUAAACCUGAUCCGGAGAUUGAUGCAUUCAUGAAAGCCACAGCAGUGGCUGGCCAAGAGUCUAGUUUGGUCACAGACUAUGUUCUCAAGAUACUUGGACUAGAUAUCUGUGCUGAUAUUAUGGUGGGUGAUGAGAUGAGAAGGGGUAUUUCUGGUGGACAGAAGAAGCGUGUCACAACUGGAGAAAUGUUGGUUGGGCCGGCAAAAGUUUUCUUCAUGGACGAAAUCUCAACUGGUCUUGACAGUUCUACAACUUUUCAGAUUGUCAAGUUUAUGAGGCAGAUGGUUCAUAUCAUGGAUGUAACCAUGAUUAUUUCUCUUCUUCAACCUGCACCUGAAACUUAUGAUCUUUUUGACGACAUCAUUUUUCUUUCGGAGGGUCAAAUUGUCUACCAAGGUCCACGGGAACAUGUUCUCGAGUUCUUUGAGCGUGUGGGAUUUAAAUGCCCAGAUAGAAAAGGAGUAGCUGAUUUUCUCCAAGAAGUUACUUCAAAGAAGGACCAAGAGCAGUACUGGUUCAAAAAGAAUCAACCUUACCGAUACAUUUCAGUACCUGAGUUUGUGUCUCAUUUCAACUCUUUCCACAUCGGGCAGAAGGUUUUCAGUGAACUUGGAGUGCCUUAUGACAGAACUAAAGCCCAUCCUGCAGCAUUGGUCACUGAAAAGUAUGGUAUCUCCAAGAUGGAUCUCUUCAAGGCAUGCUUGUCGAGGGAGUGGCUAUUGAUGAAGCGCAACUCCUUCUUGUACAUAUUCAAGACUACCCAGAUAACAAUUAUGUCAAUAUUUGCUUUUACGGUGUUCUUUAGGACGGAGAUGAAGGCUGGUCACCCUGAACAUGCAGCUAAAUAUUUUGGUGCACUGUUUUUCACUCUCAUAAAUGUGAUGUUUAAUGGGAUGGCAGAGCUUGCAUUGACAAUUUUCAGGCUUCCGGUGUUCUAUAAACAAAGGGAUGCCUUAUUUCACCCGGCAUGGGCUUUUGCCCUACCAAUUUGGCUUCUCAGGAUCCCUCUUUCACUUAUGGAAUCAGGGAUAUGGAUCAUCCUCACAUAUUACACUAUCGGAUUUGCCCCUUCUUGGAGCAGGUUUUUCCGCCAAUUUUUGGCAUUAUUUGGUAUACAUCAGUCGGCUUUGUCUCUCUUCCGUUUCAUAGCAGCACUUGGAAGAACACAGGUUGUAGCGAAUACUCUCGGUACAUUUACAUUGCUUUUGGUUUUCGUCCUUGGUGGAUUCGUUGUUGCCAAAGAUGACAUCGAACCAUGGAUGAUAUGGGGGUACUGGAUAUCUCCCAUGAUGUAUGGACAGAAUGCUAUAUUCAUCAAUGAAUUUCUGGAUGAAAGAUGGAGCGCGCCCAAUCCCGACACAAGAUUUCCUGAAACUACUAUUGGGAAGGUUCUUCUUAAAUCCAGGGGCAUGUUUGUGGAAGAGUGUUGGUACUGGAUUUCUGUUGCUGCACUCUUUGUGUUUUCUCUGCUCUUCAAUGUUUUCUUCAUUGUAGCGCUGACAUACUUGAAUCCUUUGGGGGAUUCUAAAUCUGUUAUCAUGGAUGAAGGUAUUGAUAUGGCGGUGAGGAACACUCCACAACAUACCAAAUCAAGUGCUGUAGAGAAUUCAAAUAAUAAAAGAGGAAUGGUGCUACCCUUCCAACCCUUGUCCCUUGCUUUUGAUCAUGUGAAUUACUACGUCGAUAUGCCUGCCGAAAUGAAGAACCAAGGCAUUGAGGAGACUCGUCUUCAACUAUUACGAGAUGUCAGUGGUGCUUUCAGGCCUGGUGUUCUAACAGCACUAGUUGGUGUGAGUGGUGCUGGAAAGACCACCUUGAUGGAUGUCCUAGCAGGAAGAAAGACUGGUGGGUAUAUAGAAGGAAGUAUCAGCAUUUCGGGGUACCCCAAAAACCAAGCAACUUUUGCUCGUGUCAGUGGUUAUUGUGAACAGAAUGAUAUCCAUUCUCCACACGUUACAGUUUUUGAGUCCCUUGUGUUCUCUGCUUGGUUGCGUCUUGCUGCAGAUGUAAAGCAGGAAACACGAAAGAUGUUUGUCGAGGAAGUAAUGGAGUUGGUUGAGUUGAACCCACUGAGGGAUGCUCUAGUUGGCCUUCCAGGUGUAGAUGGUCUCUCGACUGAGCAGAGGAAGAGGCUCACUAUAGCCGUAGAAUUGGUUGCAAAUCCCUCCAUCAUUUUCAUGGAUGAGCCAACUUCUGGUCUUGAUGCGAGAGCUGCUGCAAUUGUGAUGCGAACUGUGAGAAACACGGUGGACACUGGGCGAACUGUUGUCUGCACAAUUCACCAACCGAGCAUAGAUAUUUUUGAAGCUUUUGAUGAGCUCUUCUUGAUGAAAAGAGGAGGGCAAGUCACUUAUGCCGGACCACUAGGUCGUCAGUCUCACCUGUUAGUAGAAUACUUUGAAUCUGUCCCAGGGGUAACUAAGAUUAAGGAUGGUUACAAUCCUGCUACAUGGAUGCUUGAGGUCAGUUCUUCUGCAGUUGAGAAUCAACUUGAUGUGAACUUCGCAGACAUUUAUGCCAACUCUGACUUGUAUCGGAGGAAUCAAGCUCUUAUCAAAGAGCUCAGCAAUCCGGCACCAGAAUCGCAGGACCUAUAUUUCCCAUCCCAGUACUCCCAAUCCUUCCUUACUCAAUGCAAGUCUUGCUUCUGGAAACAGUACUGGUCCUACUGGAGGAAUCCACAGUACAAUGCCAUCCGUUUUUUCAUGACAAUAGUUAUUGGUAUUCUGUUCGGAGUUAUUUAUUGGGACAAAGGAAAGAAGAUGCACACGCAACAAGACUUGACAAAUCUGCUAGGAGCUAUAUAUUCUGCUGUUCUGUUUCUUGGAGGAACAAACACUUCCGCCGUGCAGACUGUUGUGGCAAUCGAAAGAACUGUCUUCUAUCGCGAAAGAGCAGCAGGGAUGUAUUCAGCACUGCCUUACGCAUUUGCUCAAGUGGCUGUAGAGAUCAUUUACGUCGCGAUCCAAACUUUCAUAUAUAGUUUACUUCUUUUCUCAAUGAUUGGAUUCCAAUGGGGAGUUGGCAAGUUCUUAUGGUUCUACUACUACAUAAUGAUGUGCUUCAACUACUUCACUUUGUAUGGGAUGAUGCUUGUCGCCCUUACUCCGAGCUACCAAAUUGCUGCAAUUCUCAUGUCAUUCUUCCUCAGCUUCUGGAACCUGUUCUCCGGUUUCCUCAUUGCUAGGAUGCAAAUACCGAUAUGGUGGAGGUGGUACUACUGGGGUUCUCCUGUGGCAUGGACAAUCUAUGGCCUUGUGACGUCUCAGGCUGGUGACAAGGAUGAGAUGGUUGUGGUACCCGAAGAUGGUGCCAUGCAGGUGAAGGUUUACCUUGAGAAGUACUACGGCUUCAAGUAUGAUUUCCUCGGAGCUGUAGCCAUCGCCCAUGUUGGUUGGGUACUCCUAUUCUUAUUUGUCUUUGCCUAUGGCAUCAAGUUCCUUAACUUCCAAAGAAGAUGAUAAGAACACCUCAGAACAUCAUAUUUUUUUUGCAUACUCAGCUUUCUGGGAAUAACUUGAAGGAAGACAAAAAACAGUUGUUUGUAUUUUGUUGAAUUUUGUAAAUUGUGACAGAAUUGUACUCAUUUCCUUGUUAAAUGAAGCUGCAUUGUUUGAUUGAUGUCCAUGGUUGCUUCUUUAUCAUUUCGCUUUAAUUCAAAUUCAUAUGCAUUA